UAGUAGCAGGGAUUGACGAUCGUUCGCAGACAACUUCUCCAGAACACACCAUGAUGAGGACGAUCUGCUGCCUGCUGGCUCUUCUCCCCCUCGCCAUCCACUCUGCACCCCCCAAAUCUCAGGAACCCUCCGACAUCCCAACUAACAGCAGAGCAGCCAGACAUGCAGCCAGGCUAGCACUUCAAUUCCUCAACUACCAGUCCGCAUCUCCCCAUCAGCUGCUGGAGGUGACAGAUGUCAAGAAAGCCACCUUACUGGCAUUUCCUUUUGUUGGACACAAAUACUAUGUAGAAUUUUCAGCCAAUGUCCUCCAAACCAGGGAGGAUGCUGGACUGUGCAGUGCAUCAGUGUUCUUCCUGGACGAGAAGCCUGGGCCAUCCAUUUCUGUUAACUGCUCAAGCAAUAAAGUGCAAAAGCAAGCUAGAGAUGAUGACUAUAAGUUCUACACUACGAUGAAAGCACAAACCUCCCCCCUUACUGGAGAAUAUAUACCUGACAGCUAUGGAUACAUUACACCACAGUUGGAGCCGGUGUGGCAAUUAGCCAUCUUGGGAAGCAGCUAUGUUAUUGUGGAUAAGUCCACAGAAGACCGUGAAUAUGCUAUGGCCCAAAUUAGGAGUGUAAAGCAAAUUCUAAGGCAGGAUCAUUUCAUUGCCUUUAAUUAUGACCUCUAUCUUCAUGAAAGACCUUCAGAGGAAAUAAUUCAGUGUUUACCUGCAUGUGGUAUGGGCACCUGGAAGAGCACCCAAAGUGCACUACAGUUGCCAAGAUUACUCUGAGAACGGAUCCGGGAGCAAG